UGGUAAUAUGUUUUAUAGGUGUACAAUGAUCCCGGAUAAAUGUGCAAAGUUCUUUGUGCGAUUUCAUUGUAUUAUUUGUGCGUAGGACUCAUUUAUCCCGUGUAUGUAAUACCUCCGGUAAUAUAGCUAUAAAUACGUCCGAAUAGUAGACUGUUCUUAGACCGAGGGAAGCAAGAUCUAUUUUAAAGGGUAGCGCCCCGUAUCUGACCCCAUGUAGAAGCCGGUGAUAUCUCGAGGCGUGAACAUAAAAAUUUUCUCUACAUCAAUAACAAGUCGAAGGGAUUUCAAUAAGUGCGCAGUCUUGGGAUUGGUACCCGUUCUUCCUGCAAAAUAUUUCUUUUUCAUUUACCCCCACUGUUUCGCCGUACGGUUACGACCUUAGCCUCGUUCUAUCCAUUCUUUCGCGAAGGUCCUAACCACGUGCGAUUUAAGUUACGAUGCCAACCUUACGUUCACUGGUUUUACCAGUGCUGGCUGCUGUGGGAACUGUUGUUGUAAUAGGAUUAACAAUAAAAAUUUAUAAAUCUUGGUGUUGCGAUAAGAAAAAGAAAUCUCCAGUUUUACUGGCUGACCCAGUUGUUAAAUAUAGUUUGCCCUUAAUUGAAAAAGAAGUAAUAAGCCAUGAUACAAGAAAGUUCACAUUUGGUUUACCAACACCAGAACAUGUCCUGGGAUUACCAGUUGGUCAACAUGUACAUUUAACAGCUAAGAUUGAUGGAGAAGUUGUUAUACGAUCUUACACACCUGUUUCAAGCGACGAUGAUCACGGUCAUGUAGAUUUGGUUAUUAAAGUAUAUUUCAAAAAUGUACAUCCAAAGUUCCCUGAGGGAGGAAAAUUAUCUCAAUAUUUAGAAAAUUUGAAUAUUGGAGAUACCGUUGAUUUUAGAGGGCCAUCUGGUCGACUAAUUUAUAAAGGUCAAGGAAAGUUUUCUAUAAAAAUUUUAAGGAAAGACCCACCUGCAGAAUAUAAUGUUAAAAAGGUUGUAAUGAUAGCUGGUGGUACAGGAAUUACGCCAAUGCUACAAUUAAUUCGCGCUAUGGUAAAGGAUGCCAAGGAUGAAACUCAAUGUUCUUUACUUUUCGCUAACCAAACGGAAAAAGACAUACUACUUCGCGACGAAAUAGAUAAUAUUGCCAAGACUCAUCCUAACAAAUUGAAAGUUUGGUAUACAAUAGACACCAGUGGUGAAAAUUGGCCUUACAGUACAGGUCACAUAAAUGCAGAAAUGAUAGAGAAGCAUAUGUUUCCUCCAUCACCUGAUACAAUCGUUCUUAUGUGCGGUCCACCGCCGAUGAUUAAUUUCGCUUGUAAUCCUAACCUCGAUAAACUUGGAUACGAUCAAAAAUUACGAUUUGCAUAUUAAAAUAACAAUUUCUUGUUGCGCUGAAAUUGUAGGAUGGAUUCAUUUUGAUAGUAUAAUCUCUCAUUAAAUAACAACACGUGAACCUCUUCGUAAAGACAGCAUUUUAUAAUUUUAUUUGUAUAAAUUAUGUACUAGACAUGCAGCAGCAGUUUGAAACUUCUAUAUGUGCAGUACCAGUUACAUACUAAGUGUAGCACUUAUGAAAACAUUAGUAUUCAUUUCGGUUACUAAAAUUUGUUAAAAAAAUGUUUAACUUGUAAUUAACAUUCAAGUUAAUAUAAAAAAAAAGGUAAUAUUUAGUUGUUCAUAUGAAAAUAAUUAUUCAUUACAGAGUAGAAACAGUAAUAUUUUAUAAUUAUGUAUUUCUUAUAAAUGCGGUUGUUAAUUGUUUUUAAUUAAAUUUUUUAAUUUUUUAUAAAAUACAUCGCCAGUGCAGAGCUUUAGUGAGAAACAGUAUACAGGUUAAAAGCAUUUAUUGAUGUUAAACCUAUUGUAUUGUUAUAAAAAAAUGAUCACAAGUU